UUUAGUUCCUGGCUUCAGAGACACCUUUCAACUCGUAAGAAGCAUUUUUUCUUCAUCGGUUUUACUUUCUGCUUUUCUUCCCUCAGUGUUUUAAACGUAUCUCUGCUCUCAUGUUUGAGACUGCAGCUUCAGUUCAGUGAUUUUUUUUCCUGUUAAUGCUUUGAUUAAUGUGGAAAAACGUCAGUGCAGGAAAAAACAGGAGUCCAGUGUGUGUCCGGACAGAAAGCAGCUCUAACAGAGACUGUAGCAAGAAGACAAGAGAAGACAUGCAGAAGCUUUAUUAACAGAAAAGCAAUUAAAGUCAAACAGGAGGCUGAAGGGCAAUACGGGCGAACUUUGCUCCACAAAGAAGGUUGCUUUACAGCCCAGAUUAAAAGGCCGCAGUUGUAAAGAGAAGAGUGAAAAGGCAACUCCAUGGCAUACCGGCUCUUUGAAGGGAAGGAUCAUGCUUCCAUCUACCAAAAGUAUCGCUUUACACCUCCAGCAGGGCUCAAGGAUAUUAUUAUUCAGUACUUAGAUAAAAAGAAGGGACAGCCACAUGAGCUGGCGGUGGAUCUGGGAUGUGGAACGGGACAGAAUUCACGUCUACUGGCACCGCACUUCAAGGAAGUAGUGGGUCUUGACAUCAGUGAGUGUCAAGUGGAAGAGGCUAGAGCUGUGCCAGGGCACCCCAACAUCACGUACAGAAAGGGGACAGCAGAGGAGCUUCCAUUUUCAGAUGGAUCUGUAGACCUGCUGACGGCAGCUUCAGCAGCGCACUGGUUUGAUCAGUCGAGGUUUCUGGCAGAGGCAGCUCGGGUCUUGAAACCCAGAGGCUGCAUGGCUCUGCUGGGCUUCAGCGAUUAUAACACCAAACCCACCUACCAGAACUGUGGAGACAGGCUCAAAAACAUCUAUGAAGAGGUGAAGCAGGCGCUGCAGCCCUACAUGAGCAACCCAGUAGCUGUAGCUGACGGUAAGCUGGACCCGCUGUACUCUGCCAUCCCCUUUCCAGAUAAAGAGAGGAUUGAUUGUUUUCAAGCAAAGUCCUUGAUCUCAGUGAGGCAUCUGGUGGGUUUCAUGCAAAGCUGGUCCAUGUUCCAAGCCUACGCUCUGAAAGACCCCAAAGGUGCUGAAGAGCUGCUGUCCAACACUGAGAGGAGGUUCCUUCAAGAGAUGGGAGUCACGUCUCCUGACACUGAAGUGGAACUUGAACUGGAUUAUUACUGCAUCCUGGCCUGCAAACCACAUUAAUCAACACUUCAACAUUCAGUGAAUAUCACUGUGAGAUACAUAAACCUGUUGUUCUAAAUAAACCAUGUUUUUA